AUGGUGAGUAAUGGUUGCAUGCCCAAUUCCUUCACUUAUAGUUCUUUAAUGAGAGGUUUCUUCCAGACAGGUCAGAGUCAAAAAGCCAUUCUUUUGUGGAAAGAAAUGGCAAACAAUAUGCGUAAUGAGGUCUGUUACAGCGUCCUAAUUCAUGGUUUAUGUGAGGAUGGUCAACUCAACGAGGCCUUGAUUGCCUGGCAGCAGAUGUUGAGCAGAGGAUAUAAACCUGAUGUUGUGGCUUACAGUUCAAUGAUUCAUGGCCUUUGCAAUGCUGGUUUGGUUGAGCAGGGUUUGAAACUUUUUAAUGAAAUGCUUUGUCAGGAGCCUGAAUAUCAACCAGAUGUCAUCACUUAUAACAUACUUUUCAAUGUAUUCUGCAAGCAGAGUAGCAUCUCCCUUGCCAUUGAUCAUUUAAAUAGGAUGCUGGAUUGGGGUUGUGAUCCCGACUCAGUUACAUGUGACAUCUUCCUGAGAAGUUUGAGAGAAAAGCUUGCCCCGCCUCAAGAUGGGAGGGAGUUCCUAAAUGAGCUUGUUGUCCGGCUAUUUAAGCAGCAGAGGAUAGUAGGUGCUUCCAUAAUUGUAGAAGUGAUGCUGCAAAAGUUUUUGCCACCCAAAGCCUCUACUUGGACAAGAGUUGUACAAGAGCUUUGCAAGCCUAAGAAGGUCAGAGCAGCCAUUGACAAAUGUUGA